CUUGCAGACCAUAGUAUUCUAACAAAUAUCGAUAAUAUUUCAGAGUCUACUAAGUACUAUUGUCUAGAUACCAUCGCAUCUGGUUUCAUGAAAAUCAGAACCAAGGACUCAGGCCUUUUGUCUACCUUGCCAGAUAGAAAAAAGAGUACUAUACCCCCGAAGUUUUAUCUUCGUCAACUUCGGAAAUCGAUUAAAAACAAUACUGAAUCCGAUGAUAAGGAAAGCAAUACUAAUUCCGACGAGAGUAGUGAUACUAAAUCUAAUAUUGAGAAUAGUGAUGCUGAAUCCGAGAAUAAUAAUACUAAAGCUGAAGACGAGGACAAUAAUACUAAAGCUAAAGACGAGGAUAAUGAUACUAAAGCUGAGGACGAGAACAAUAAUACUGAAGCUAAAGACGAGGAUAAUAAUGCUAAAUCUGAAGACGAGAGCAAAGAUGCUGAAUCCGAAGAUAAGAACAAGGAUAUCGAAACUGAAAAGAAGAAUGACAAUAUUGAGCCCGGAUAUCAGAAUAGCAGUACCAAGUCGGAUACUAAGUAUAUGGCCGCUAAGAAGAACCAAUAG